GAAAAAGCACAUGGUCAGAAGAGGGGACAUACAGUGUUUAAAAAACAAGAAGACUGGGUGGUUAAUAACCUAGUUUAUGAAUCCAAUUCUGCAACAGUGAUACAUGAACAGAAUUCCAUAGCCAAAUUGUGUCUACCAGUUAUAGGUCACUUUAGCUAGAUUAUAAUGCAUGUUACCACAGUGUAAUCCUAUGAUCAGAACAUAGUAAAAAUUUCUGUUAUAAAAUGGUAUAAACAGCAACCUGGGAUGGAGCAAGAGGUCACCAUUACUGUUUGCCUCUGAUCAUUUUAAAUCAAAUGUAAGGAUGUGUCAAAUACUUUUUAACUAAAGUACUGUGUACAUAGAUGGCUAUAGAUAAAUAAAUAAGGUGUAAAUGAAGAGUACUGUACUAAUCAUUACCUUAGAAUACAUAACAGCAAAUAGAUGAGAUACCAAAUGAGUCUUUAAAAUCUUAAAAAGCAAAAUGAAACACUAGCUCAGAAACAAUUUGAAUGAAUUUGCAACCAAUUUAUCUAAUGGAUAAAUACAAAAUACAUGCAUAUCACAUAUGUACUACUGAUACACAUUUAGCUUGGGCAUAUAAAUUAAUAGAAUGGGGGAGACCAAAAGGAUUAAUCUGUUUUAAGAGACUUAAUUCUCAGUAUAGCCCCUCCUCUGAGUUGUGAUCAAUCAUUACGUAAAUGUAAUUCAGCUUUAUUAUUUCUUCAAGCACUUAUUGAGUUUUGAGGAAGUGCUUAGGCCCAAGCAAUGACUUCAGAAUAUGAUCACAAAGGAAAAUGCAGUUUUCUUGCUGUACAAAAUGUAUUCUGCUUUUCCUCUUUCAUAAAAUGUCACUGACAUCUAGUGGUAAAUCAUCUGAACUACACAUAUGUAGUCUUGGUUCUCACUCUUGCAGCGUGAGACGUCAACAGACUAGCUUGUAAGAAAACACAGCCAAACAGCUUCCAUAAUUUUGAAAAAAAAAGAGCACUACUGCUAUGCUUGCUACUCACUGCCAGCCCCAGUCACCACCUAUAAUCGAACAAGAAGAUGAACAAGAACAGUCCGAAGUUUACAUGUGUGUUUUGUGGUAUGGAGGAAAGCUGGGGGUUGCAUAUUAUGACACUGCAGAUUGUUCAAUCUACCUCAUGUCUGACUCACCAGAUAAUGAAGACCUGAAGCUGCUCCAAAAAGUAGUCAAUGAGGUACUUCCCAAAUACAUAUUAAGCAGUGCUAAACAAGAUUACAACAUAGCAAAAUUCCUAACCAAUAUAAGCACCUUUACAGGAAAUGAACAGUGUAGAGGAAAGCCAGAGGUUGUCCUCUACCCAAAUAUGGAUUUUGGCUUAGAGGUAAGCAAGCAAAGGAUCCUCUCUCGGCAAUUCCCCUUUAUCCCCUCUCAUGUGACAGCAACUGAGAAAAUUCUCUAUUUGUCCUCCAUUAUUCCUUUUGAGAGCUCACUUGUGGUAAGAGCACUAGGAGGUCUGCUGAAGUUCCUUGACAGAAAAAGGCCUGGAGUGGAACUGGAAGACAGACAUACUGCUGUCCCAAUACUAGCCUUUAAAAAGUUUGUAUUGACAGAUAUCGUAAACAUGGAUCAAGAUACUUACUAUGUCCUGCAGAUAUUUAAAAGUGAAGUGCAUCCUUCUGUGUACAAACAAGCCAGUGGCAAAAAAGAAGGACUCAGCUUAUACGGAAUUCUAAACCAGUGUAGGUGCAACUGGGGAGAAAAACUAAUGAGACUGUGGUUUAUGAGGCCCACCCGUGACCUGCAAGUUCUAAACAAACGCCUGGAUGUUAUCCAGUUCUUCUUGUUAGCUCAAAAUCAUGAAACAGUUCUCACCUUACAAGACUGUCUCAAAAAUAUUAAAAAUGUACCUCUCAUUCUUAGGCGGAUGGCUCUUUCUAAUACAAAGGUGAGUGACUGGCAGGCACUGUACAAAACUGUUUACAAUGCAGUGUGUCUCAGAGAUACAUGUCGCUCCCUGCCCAGUUCUAUUGAACUAUUCCAGACUAUUUCACAGGUCUUCACUGAUGAUUUGCACUAUAUUGCCAGCCUAAUCAGCAAAGUAGUAGAUUUUGAAGGCAGCAUCUCAGAGAACCACUUUACUGUAAAGCCAAAUGUAGAUCCUACCAUUGAUGAAAAGAAGCGAAAGUUAAUGGGGCUAUCAGACUUCCUUACUGAAGUGGCCCGAAAAGAAUUGGAGGAUUUGGAUAACAGAAUUCCAUCCUGCAGUGUUAUUUAUAUCCCCUUAAUAGGAUUCUUACUUUCUAUUCCACGUCUGCCCACCAUGGUGGACAAGAAUGACUUUGAGAUUGAGGGUCUGGAUUUCAUGUUUUUGUCAGAAGAAAAGCUACACUACCGGAGUAACAGAACAAAAGAACUAGACAGCUUGCUUGGUGACCUCCAUUGUGAAAUAAGAGAUCAAGAAACACUAAUUAUGUAUCAACUACAGACUAAGAUUCUGGAAAAGUCUACAGUACUCAGCGAUGUAAUUGAAUACAUAGCACAGCUGGAUGUGCUGUUGUCCCUGGCAGUGAUAGCUCGAGAGAAUGGAUAUACCCGGCCCCAUUUUUCUCAUUCCCACGUGAUCCAUAUCAAGGAUGGAAGGCAUCCUCUGAUGGAGUUAUGUGCAAAGACCUUUGUGCCCAACUCAGUGGACAGCAGUGAAGCCUAUGGGCGAAUCAAGAUCCUCACUGGGCCUAAUUCCUCUGGAAAGAGUGUAUAUCUGAAACAGGUAGGUCUUAUUACAUUUAUGGCCCUGAUUGGCAGCUAUGUCCCUGCCACUGAAGCUGAAAUAGGAGCAGUGGAUGGAAUCUAUACCAGGAUCCACAGCAGAGAGUCAGUAUCUCUUGGACUGUCCACAUUCAUGAUUGAUCUUAACCAAAUAGCCAAGGCAGUGAACAAUGCUACUGAAAUGUCUCUAGUGUUAAUUGAUGAGUUUGGCAAAGGUACAAAUACAGUGGAUGGUCUCUCACUUCUGGCUGCUGUGUUAAGGCACUGGAUUAAACAAACUACACAGUGCCCACAUAUUUUCGUUGCUACUAAUUUCCACAGCCUGGUGCAGCUGAAGCUCCUGCCUGACACUCCUCUUGUGCAAUAUCUGAACAUGGACACCCACCAAGACGGAGAUGAGCUUGUGUUUUUCUAUCAGUUAAAAGAAGGUGUGUCCACCGUCAGCCAUGCAGCCAAUAUAGCUGCUUUGGCUGGCAUGCCUCCUAAAGUGAUUGAGCGAGGAGUAGAAGUAUCAGAACUGCUCCGUAAUGGAAAAUUCAUACAACCUCCUGACCAUUCCUUGAGAGAGAAACAGCUGCAGAAUUGUAAAUCCCUAGUAGACAAAUUCCUCUCCCUAGAUCUUGAUAACCCACAACUGGAUUUAAGGGAGUUUAUGAAUCAAGAGGUGCUACCUUCUUCAGCCUCUUCAUUGUGACCAAAUAAAACAGCAUGGUAUGUACCAAAUUCCUGAGUAACAGCUUCUGCUUGGAAAUUUAGGAGAUCAGUACUUACUCAAGUGAAUUCAUUGACACAUGUCCAAGAAGCCUGGACAACUUGUGAUUCAUUAAAUAAAGUGCAACCCUCAUCAGCCACAUAUUAUGCCCUACUAAGGGUUUGACGCUUUUCUCGCCUACUCCAUUCUGUAAGUAUCUGGCAGGAAAUAAAAUAUGGACAUUUAUCAAGGCCUUAAUGAGACUAAAUAUGGCAACUUCUUGGUAAAUCACAAGUUGUGCAUGCUCAGUAUAAAAGGUGAAAAAUUUAUAGCAGCAGGCACCACAGAUGAAAAUUAGUUUCCACAUUUCCCACUUAAUUUGUACUAGCAAUAAGAAAACAGUUAUUCUGUAACAAUGUAAAAACUAUUUGAACUCUAGUCCCCUAAUUAACAACAAGGGGGGGAAAAGAAUUUAGUAGGAUGGUAAGUGUAAGCUAAAAACACUUAGAGAGAAAGGCCAAAAGGAAAGGAUGAUUAAUACAGUUCAUAUUUGAAUGCAGAAAAAUGCUAAUAGUUUUGGUGUUCUUGGCAUAUCAAGCCAAGAUGCAGCCUUUCCUUUUCCUGCUGAAAAAAUUAAGGUAAUGGGAACAUUCUUUAGUAGGAACAGAACACAUUUAAUAAGAUUCCUUGAAAGAAAAGGAUAAAAUUGCAGACAUAAAGUACUAAUAAAUAAUAUAUCAAUUGUAUCAGUAAUGAAAAUUAGGAUUUAAAAACUGAUUCAAUGAAGUUAAUAAAAUAUGAAUAUUUUCUG